AUGAAUCCUCGGGAGUUGGUGAACAGGAGGGAGGAACAGGGGUUUACUGCCCUUCACAUCGCCGUGAUGAUGGGCGCGGCGGAUUGUGCCAGAAAACUCCUCGACGCUGGCGCAGACCCCAAAGCUUCCACUCCGGAAGGUGCCACCCCAAUUACCAUGGCUGCCCAGGGAACCGGGCAACCGGGCGCGCCCGAGCUGCAGGAGGGCGGCGCUGCGAAGUGCGUCCAGUUCCUCCUAGACGCCGGCGCGGAUCAAACGGAGAGGGACAAGGUGGUCGGCACGGUGCCGCUGCACACGGCCGUCUACUCAGGGCGGCUAGAGGUGUUCAAUACCCUGCUGGCCGGACCGGGCGGGGAGGUCGCCGUUAAUACCAAGGACAGUCAAGGCGCGACGCCCCUCCACAGCGCCUGCAGGGCAAAGGGUGCCGCUGGGCCCGUGGCCGCCAUGGCCCUGCUCGAGGAAGGCUGUCCGGUGGCGGUGGAUGUCAGCGUCAGGGACGACUCCGGGAGGACGCCUCUGUUUGAUGCUGCUCACCACGGUCACGCCGAGGUGGUGAAGCUCCUUCUAGCUGCUGGGUCCGACCCAUCUCUGCAAGACAGCAGCGGUCUGAGCCCCCUUUCGGCAACGGCCUGGUUGGGCAAGGAGGCUUGCCUGGACGCCAUUCUCGGCACCGAGCGCGGCCUGGCCACCCUCGAGCUGACCAAUAACCUGGGCGCCACGCCCCUCAUCUUCGCCUGCCAGGAGAACAACAAGGACAUCGCGAAGAAGCUCAUUGCCGCUGGAGCGAGCCUCGACGCGAAAGACUUGACGGGCCAGACACCGUACAUCAUCGCCAAGGCCCAGAAAGCGUCGGCCUGCUUGAAGCUCCUCACCGAGGAGCACGGCCGCCCCAGCCAAGAGGAGGAGAGCUUCAACUUCGAUGGGCUUUCCAUGGUUACCAACCUGGGAGGGGGCACCCUCAUGGGCAUGAGGGAUGGUGGCGUGAACAUGUCCACGACGCAGGAAACCACGCCGGAUGGCACCGUGGAGGUCUCCAUGACUAUGAAGACAACUGAAUCCGGAACCGGAACCGCUGCUGCUGCUGCUCCUGCUCCUGCUCCUGAGUCAUAACGCGCGCCGUGCACUGGGCGGGGGGAGCACGCGAUUUGUUUUUCUAUGGUAACAAUGAACCCAAGUGGCUCUAGUUGUAGUCCUUGUGGUGUGUGUGCAUUGUCGCCUCCGUGUAGAGUGAAUGAAUGCGGCAGGGUGAGUUCUCAACAGGAUACUCUGGUCGGAACUGCUCUGGCUGUUCUUUUUUUUAGAUAAUAUACAUGCCAUC